CCACUCUCUCUUUCCAUCACUUAUCCUACGCACCAUCUCUUCUUCCCUUUCUUUUCACUUUACUUUACCCUGCUUCUUCUUAUCUAUCCUGUACAAUCUCCAUCACAGUGGUCGCUCGCUAGUUGUUAGUCACUCCUCUUCCUUUCUUCCCUUCCUUCCCCACCAUUUUCUUCCCGAGGUGGACCUUUCAUUCCUUUCCCGCUGGCUACCCAACAAAGGCCAGCGAUUCUGAUUGCUACCAGAACCGGAAAAAAACAACCCCAAAGAAAGCUACAGGUUUUUUUUUCCUUCUUCUCCUUCUUCUUCCUUAUACCGUUAAUUUCCAACAAGUUCUUCUUCUUCCACACCCCGCAUUUCUCUGCUUCAUCGCCCAACAAAACUGCCUCUGCAUUGCCGCCAAUUCCUGUUUUCACCGCUUGAUCGGGCGGUUUCUCGAUGGAAUUCGGGUACCCAAUUGGAGUUUUGAUCGUUUGCAGAUCUGGAUUUACUUCCCGGAACUGAAGGAAGGGAGCUUUCUGCAGUUUGAUUCAAUGCGGGAAGCUUGAAGAAGGCGAAAGGGAAGAAAAGGGAAAUCGCCGAUUUUUAUGGUAAUUUCCCGAUCAAUGUGGGUUCUGAUUUAGGGAAGUUAAUUGUUGAAAUAAUUAUCGGGAUGGAAGUUUUUGAAUCGCGGAAGAUCGUAGCUCUAGAUUCGGCCAAACGCCUCCCAUUAGCACCAGCGGAAAGGAACCGCAACGCGCCACCGCCCGCCGCCGUCGCCACUCGCCGUCCAAGGAGAGAUGUUAACGCCAGGUACAAAUCCCCAACCCCAUCAUCUCCUUCUACCACCACGGCCGCCGGCGCCGCGCGCCGGUUCCCUUCCCCAAAUGUCUCCGUCGCCAGAGUACUUCCUUCAUCCUCUCCCAAGAGAGCCCUAUCCGCCGAGCGCCGACGGCCAUCUCCCACCCCAAUUUCGCCUCGCACGGCGUCCACUCCGGUCAAGGAUUCCGCCGCCGUCGAAGCUCAGGCGACGGCUAGUGCUAGGAGGCUGAGUACUGGUGGCGGUGGGGCUCGGUUGCCGGAGAGCUUGUGGCCUUCCACGAUGAGAAGUCUCAGUGUGUCAUUUCAGUCUGAUAGCAUUUCGAUUCCGGUGAGCAAGAAGGAGAAAGAGAAGGAGAAGCCAAUUGAUCGGACGUUGAAGCCAUCCUCCAAUGUAGCUUCUCCGAAACAUGUCGAAUCGAGGAAGCAGCAGCAGCAGCAGACGCCGGAGAGGAAAAGGAGCCCUCUGAGAGGCAGGAAUUCUUCUUCAUCACAACGUGAUCAUCAGUCUGAGAAUGCUAGACCAGCAGCAGUAGAUCAUAGCUUACGUACGACGACGAAGAUGAUUGAUCAGCAUAGAUGGCCAAGUAGGGUUAGUGGGAGAGCGAAUUCGAUGUCCAUGAACAAGAGUGUUGAUCUUAGUGAUAUCAAGUCAAUGAGAGGCUUAGCCACUCCUUCAGUUGUUCCAAUUGGGACCUCCACCCUCAGGAAGAUGCAGUCCUUAGGAUUGCCUGAUGAUGAUGGUGGUGACACCAAUGUGAACGUGGGCAGGCCUUUGCAGAAAUCGUCUAGUGAUGCUGCGACUCGAAUGUAUUCGCCAGAGGAUGAGAAGGAGAAGCCCGGGAUGAAGGCGUUCGAUGAGGUUCUGGAGCAGUUAUCGAGAACGGAGAAGUUGGUUUCGGCCAAUUUGCCUGAUAGAAUGGUGUAUCUACCCUCAGUGAGGACUCACUCGUCGUUGCCUAGCCCUAGGUCUUCGAGGCCAGCGUCACCAAGCAAGGGCUUGGGCUCGGGGGUGGGGAGUAGAGGUGGGAGUCCAUGUCGAACGAGACCAUCCACGCCUCCUUCUUCAAGGGGAGUUAGUCCGUCUCGGGGGGCAGUGUCGAGUCCUUUAUCUUCAUCGUCAGCCUUUGGUUCGAAUUCAGUUCUGAGUUUUAUAACAGAUUACAAGAGAGGGAAGAGGAGUGCUAGCUACAUUGAAGAUGCACAUCAGUUGAGGCUGGUUCACAACCGGUUCUUGCAGUGGAGGUUUGCUAAUGCUCAACAAGAGGCUGUUCUUUACGUUCAGAACGUGAACACUGAGACAACUUUAUGCGACGUAUGGAAUACUACGCAAUCGCUUUGGGAUACAGUAAUUCGGAAGAGAAUUGAUCUACAGCAACAGAAGUUGGAGCUCAAGUUAAAUGCAAUCUUAAACGAUCAAAUGGCAUACCUAGAUGAUUGGGGAUUACUUGAAAGAGACCACAUUAGCUCACUAACGGGAGCUGUUGACGAUUUGGAGGCAAGCACUCUUCGCCUUCCGGUGGCUGGAGGAGCAAAGGCAGAUUUAGAACCCCUAAAGCUUGCUGUUUGCUCAGCCGUUGAUGUAAUGCAGGCAAUGGGAUCUUCCAUAUGUUACUUGCUCUCCAAGGCGGAGGCAAUGAAUCGAUUUGUUACAGAUCUUGCAAUCAUAUCAGCACGAGAGAAAUCAAUGCUUGCUGAAUGUGAAGCCGUAUUGGCAUCAACAGCAGCCAUGCAGAUAGAAGAGGGCAGCAUUAGGACACAUUUGAUACAAAUGAGACAGGCUCUGGAAAACCAAGCAAUGUUGACUACAAGAACACAUCAAUGGUGA